GACGCUCCUUCAACAACAACAGCGAGUCAGACACCUCGGUAGCUUUCUAGCAAACAUAGCUACAACUUUCACGCUCUUGACACUGUUUUGGUGUAUAUUAGUCGCUGUAUAUGUACUUGUUGGCCCAUUUAAUUAUAUAUUUACGUUGUUUGUCAGCUAGCUGAUUUGCUAAGUUAGUUUAGAACUAGGCUAGUCUCUAAUGCUAGCAAGCUAACAUCCCCGACCAUGAGUUCACUAAGCUACUCUCCUCUUGAUAAAGAAGAGGAGGUCUGCUGGACGGAGAAAGAAGCUCUUGUGAAAGAGGAGGAGAAAGAGAAGGAUGUUACAAUACGAAAACGAGUAGAGGGUGAGGCUGUUACCGUGAAAGAAGAAGAGAAAGACGCGUUCAGAGUGAAAGAAGAGGAUGUUACAGUAAAAGAAGAGGAGGAUGUAGUCUUUGGAAUGAAAGAGGAGGAGGGGGAGAUGACUGUCACAUUGGAGGAAGAAGAGGAGGUUGGAGUUCUGUUUAACACCAAAGAGGAGGUCUGCUGGACGGAGAAAGAAGCUCUGGGGCUGAACAUUGUCGUGAAAGAGAAGAAGGAAGAAGAGGGUGUUACAGUGAACGAAGAAGAGAAAGACUAUUUUGGAAUGAAGGAUGAAGAGGGGGAGAUUACUGUCACAUUAGAGGAGGAUGAAGAAGAGAAGACUGGAGAUCUGAUUAACAUCAGUAAUUACAGAGAGAGAUGGGGCUACAGUGGGUCCUCGGGGGAGCUUCAACAACAUCAUGAUGCUGACAAGGCAGAGAAGAGUCUCUCCAGAUCAGAACACCUCAAGAAACAUCAGCGGAGACCCACAGGGAAGAAAUCUCACCGCUGCUCUGACUGUGGGAAAGGUUUUAAAUCUUCAUCAGAACUUAAAAUACACCAACGAGUACACACAAGAGAGAAAUCUUACCACUGUUUUGAUUGUGGGAAGAGCUACUUAAGAUCAAAUUCACUAAAAGUACACCUGAGAAUUCACACAGGAGAGAAACCAUUUAUCUGUGAUCAAUGUGGGAAGAGUUUUACUACAUCAAGCCAUUGGAUUGUACACCAGAGAACACACACAGGAGAGAAACCUUAUAGCUGUACUCAAUGUGUGAAGAGUUUUACACAGUCAAGCAACCUGUUAUCACACCAGAGAACACACACAGGAGAGAAAUCUUAUAGUUGUAAACAAUGUGGGAAGAGUUUUACUCAGUCAAGCAUCCUGGUAUCACAUGAGAGAAUACACACAGGAGAGAAACCUUAUAGCUGUGAUCAAUGUGGGAAGAGUUUUACUACAUCUAGCCAUCUGACUGUCCACCAGAGAACACACACAGGAGAGAAACCUUAUAGCUGUACUCAAUGUGGGAUUAGUUUUACUCACUCAGGCAGCAUGUUAUCACACCAGAGAAAACACACAGGAGAGAAAUCUUAUAGCUGUAAUCAAUGUGGGAAGAGUUUUGUUACAUCUAGCCAUCUGACUAUACACCAGAGAACACACACAGGAGAGAAACCACAUAGCUGUGAUCAAUGUGACAAGAGAUACUCUGAUAAAAGAUCUCUGAUCAAACAUCAGAAAAUACAUACAUGAAGGAGUUGUUUCAUGAUAUCAAUGAAAUAAAAUCUCACAGUGUAGAAUGUUUAAACAUUAUAGUAGGAGUAUUUGAAUAAUGGAGAACCCUAAUUGUUUGCCUCCUGUUCUAUUGAUUUCAACAUGAUAUGGGUAUUAGCCUCAUCAGUGGAAAUUGUUUUGUACUUUGCUGCAUUCAUCUUUCCCUUAAUCUUGAUCAGUCUGCCAGUCCCUGCCAUUGAAAAAUAUCCCCACUGCAUGAUGCUGCCAACACCAUGCUUCACCGUAGGGAUUGGGCCUGGUUUCCUCCAGACGUGACGCUUGGCAUUCAGGCCAAGAGUUCAAUCUUGGUUUCAUCAGACCAGAGAAUCUUGUUUCUCAUGGUCUGAGAGGCCUUUUGGCAAACUCCAAGUGGGCUGUCAUGUGACUUUUAUUGAGGAGUGGCUUCCAUCUAGCCAUUCUAUCGUAAAGGUCUGAUUGGUGGAGUGCUGUGUAGAUGGUUGUCCUUCUGGAAGGUUCUCCCAUCUCCACAGAGGAACUCUGGAGCUCUGUCAGAGUGACAAGUGGGUUCUUGGUCACCUGCCUGACCAAGGCCCUUCUCCCCUGAUUGUUCUGUUUGAAAUGAUUGCCAGCUCUAGGAAGACUCUUGGUGGUUUCAACUGUCUUACAUUUUAGAAUGAUGGAGGCCACUGUGUUCUUAGGGACCUUCAAUACUGCAGAAAUGUUUUGGUACCCUUCCCCAGAUCUGUGCUUUGACACAAUCCUGUCUCGAAGCUCUACGGACAAUUCCUUCGACCGCAUGGCUUGGUUUUUUUCUCUGACAUGAAUUUUUGGCAGGUGGGCUCCAAUGAAGUUGUAGAAACAUCUCAAGGAUGAUUAAUGGAAACAGGAUGCGCCUGAGCUCAAUUUUGAGUCUCAUAGCAAAGGGUCUAAAUAAGGUAUUUCUGUUUUUCACUUUGUCAUUAUCGGGUAUUGUGUGUAGGUUGAUGAAGAAAAUAUUAUUUAAUCAAUUUUAGAAUAAGGCUGUAACGUAACAAAAUGUGGAAAAAGUCAAGGGGUCUGAAUACUUUCUGAAUGUUCUGAAUAUGCUGUUGGUUUACUGUUAGAAUAAGUUGUAUGACUACACUAAUACUGUUAAAGCAACGAUGCAGAGACCUAGAAAAUACAUGGCCAACCUUGUUGCUAGAGAUCUAGCUACUGGGUGUGCAGGUUUCUGUUCCAGCCCUGCACUUACAGCUGACAUUGUGCUGAUUAUUUGGAUUAGACACUAUUCAACUAUUCAAUCAUGUCUUGUUUUGGAGUCAGAUGGAUGUCUAUACCCACUGCCCAUUUCCACAGGUGUUCUUUAUGAUAGGAAAUAAAGGGCUGAUUCACAGAAUGAA